AUGUUGCCUCUGACGGAGCUUCACGGUGCCUUGCAAGUCGCGCACGGGUGGCAGAUGCUCCACUCUUCUGACCCUUCCAUCUGUCGCAUUGCACGUCAGCAGCUCCGUCAGAUUGCUGACUCCAGGUUCAAGAUUGAUGCUGUGGGUCACCUCCACCGCUUCGGCUUGAAGUUUGAGCAGUCGCCGGCGGUGGAGGAGACUAACACGACAGCACAAAGGUUGCAGCUUCGCGUGCCGCACCGCGCCGAGUGGUUGGACAAUCGGGAUGUCCUUCGGCACGUGAAGUUGCACCUCAAGAACAAGCACUGGACGAGGCCGAGAGGCAUGUGGGAGUCCGACUACCGAUUCGCGAUCGCCGCCCGCCUGAACCAGUUGGACACGUUCAGUGUCCUGAAGCGCCGGCGUCUCCGAGUGCACGACAAAUGCAGGCAUCCCGGGUGCUGA